AUGGCGUAUGGUCAGAUCGGUAUGAUCCAGGCAGCCGCCGGUUUCUUCGUCUACUUCGUGAUCAUGGCUGAGAACGGUUUCCUACCUCUGCAUCUGUUCGGCAUCCGGAAACAGUGGGACUCGAAGGCUGUCAACGAUCUUCCUGACAGCUACGGCCAGGAAUGGACGUACAGGGAUCGUAAGACGCUGGAGUUCACUUGCCACACAGCCUUCUUCGUUUCGAUCGUUAUCGUCCAGUGGGCCGAUCUGAUCGUCUGCAAGACGCGACGUAAUUCCAUCAUCCAUCAGGGAAUGAGAAACUGGGCCCUGAACUUUGGUUUAAUAUUCGAGACCGCCCUCGCCGCGUUCCUAAGCUACACACCCGGCAUGGACAAGGGUCUCCGCAUGUUCCCUCUCAAAUUCGUCUGGUGGCUGCCCGCCAUUCCCUUCAUGUUCGCCAUCUUCAUCUACGACGAGACGAGACGAUUCUACCUCCGCCGGAAUCCAGGAGGCUGGCUCGAGCAAGAAACUUACUAUUAA